UACACUUUUUAUGGUCUUACUGCAGGAUGGAGACCACGGAGAACAGUGAUAUUUGCAAGCUGGGAUGCAGAGGAAUUUGGCUUGCUAGGAUCAACAGAGUGGGCUGAGGAAAAUGCCAAACUAUUGCAAUCACGAGGAGUGGCUUAUAUCAAUGCAGAUUCUUCCAUUGAAGGAAACUAUACACUAAGAGUGGAUUGCACACCACUGAUGUACAAACUGGUGUACAGUGUGACCAAAGAGAUACCAAGUCCUGAUGAAGGGUUUGAAGGAAAAUCUCUUUAUGAGAGCUGGUAUAAAAAAAAUCCAUCAACAGAAUAUAAAGAGGUCCCCAGAAUAAAUAAACUGGGUUCUGGCAAUGACUUUGAGGUCUUUUUUCAACGUCUUGGCAUUGCUUCAGGCAGAGCACGUUACAGUAAAAACUGGAAUGUAGAAAAAUAUAGCAGCUAUCCAGUUUACCACAGUGUGUAUGAAACCUAUGAAAUUGUGGAAAGAUUUUAUGAUCCCUCUUUCAAGAAUCAUCUGACAGUAGCUCAGGUACGGGGAGGGCUGGUGUUUGAAUUGGCCAACUCUAUUCUGCUUCCUUUUGACUGUAGAGAUUAUGCAUCAGCUCUGAGCAACUAUGCUCAUAUCAUCUAUAAUAUGUCAAGGAAUCAUGAGGAAGAACUGGCAGCAUACAAUGUAUCCUUCGAUGCUCUCUUUUCAGCUGUGAAGAAUUUUACAGAAGUUGCCCAUAGAUUUCAUGAUAGACUGCAACAAAUAGAUAUCAACAACCUGCUUGCUGUUAGAUCGUUAAAUGAUCAAGUCAUGUUUCUAGAAAGGGCUUUCAUCGAUCCACUUGGUUUACCUGGAAGGCCAUUUUAUAGACACGUUAUCUUUGCUCCAAGCAGCCAUAACAAGUAUGCAGGAGAAUCAUUCCCAGGGAUCUAUGAUGCCAUGUUUGACAUUAAAAACAAAGCUGAUCAAGAUGAAGCCUGGAAAGAAGUUAAGAGGCAGAUCUCCAUUGCAGCCUUCACUGUACAGGCAGCAGCAGGAACACUGAAAGAAGUAGCAUAAAUAUCUGCGUUACCAUCAGUGAAGACUAUGUCUUAACAGUGUGCAGAAGCCUCAAAACCAGAACAUUUGAAAACACUAAGACAAUUACUAGAAGUGCCACAAAACCCAAACAGUCUUGUUCUUUGCAAUUAUUAUAACCAAGUGGAAUGCACUUAGCAGUGUUAACAAGGUAAUGAUGUAUUACAUAAAUUCUGGAUAAUGGAUGCAUUAUACAAAUUCUGAAGUGAGAGUCUACAUUAAAAUUUAUAUAUUUUCUCUGCUUCAUA